CGCAAUCUUCAGCAGCCUACCGGUAGACACUUUAACACUUUAGUGCAUACUUCCGACGGAACGAUUAAUAGUGUUCAAAAUUUAGUGGGAAUAACCAACUGCACAGGAGGUUGUGGUAGUGGUGACCCUCCGCCAUGACUGAGAUUGAGAACUAUAACAGUAAUGGGGUCCGGUGGGAUCCCGGACAGAUGGAGGAAGAAUUUGAUGCAGGCAACAACUCUUCCAAACUUUUUGAACGUUCCAGGAUUAAGGCUUUAGCAGAUGAAAGAGAGUCUGUGCAGAAAAAAACUUUCCAAAAAUGGGUGAAUUCUCAUCUGAUUCGCUAUGGAUGUCGUAUCUCCGACCUAUACAUAGACUUAAGAGACGGAAAGAUGCUGAUGAAACUGCUAGAGGUCUUGUCUGGAGAACGCCUCCCACGACCAACAAAAGGGAAGAUGAGGAUUCAUUGUUUAGAGAAUGUGGAUAAAGCCCUCCAGUUUUUACAUGAACAGAAAGUCCAUCUUGAAAAUAUGGGUGCCCACGAUAUUGUUGACGGAAGCUCUCGAUUGACCCUAGGUUUAAUUUGGACAAUCAUCCUAAGAUUCCAGAUCCAAGACAUAACAGUAGAAGAAACGGAUAAUAGUGAAACUAAGUCAGCUAAGGAUGCGCUGCUGCUAUGGUGCCAGAUGAAGACUGCGGGAUACCCUAAUGUGAAUGUGCGAAACUUCACAACAAGUUGGAGGGACGGCCUGGCCUUCAACGCCAUCAUCCACAAACACAGACCUGACCUCAUCAAGUAUGAAAAAUUGCAGAAAUCUAAUGCUCUGCACAACCUGGACAAUGCAUUUGAAGUUGCAGAAGAUAAGCUGGGUCUUGCCAGACUUUUGGACCCAGAAGACAUCAAUGUUGAGUUCCCUGAUGAGAAGUCAAUUAUUACAUAUGUUGUUACCUAUUACCAUUACUUCUCCAAAAUGAAGGCAGAAUCUGUCCAGGGCAAAAGAAUUGGAAAGGUAAUCGACAACGCUCUGGACUCUGACAGACUUGUGAAUGAUUAUGAGACAUUUACAUCAGACCUUCUGGAAUGGAUUGAACAAACCAUCGUGAUCCUGAAUGACAGACAGUUUGCAAACUCGCUGACCGGAGUCCAACAGCAACUAUCUGCCUUCAACACAUACAGAACUAGAGAAAAACCCAAGAAAUUUGAUGAAAAAGGAAACCUGGAAAUUUUAUUGUUCACACUCCAAAGUAAAAUGAGAGCCAACAAUCAAAGGCCAUACCUGCCCAGGGAGGGUAAGCUCAUCUCCGACAUCAACAAACAGUGGGACCGUCUGGAAAAAGCAGAACACGAGCGGGAACUUGCUCUCAGAGAAGAGCUGAUCAGACAAGAGAAGCUUGACCAACUUGCAGCAAGAUUUGAUCGUAAGGCUGGCAUGCGUGAGACCUGGCUGAGUGAGAACCAGCGCCUUGUCUCCCAAGACAACUUUGGUUUCGACUUGGCUGCUGUGGAGGCUGCCACUAAGAAACAUGAGGCCAUUGAGACUGACAUCAAUGCCUAUGAAGAACGUGUGCAGGCAGUUGUCUCGGUGGCUACAGAACUGGAACAGGAGAACUACCAUGAUAUCGACAGAAUUCUCGCAAGAAAGAACAAUGUUCUCCGUCUAUGGAACUACUUACUAGAACUGCUGAGAGCACGUCGUAUGAGACUAGAAUUAUCUCUCAACCUCCAGAGAAUCUUCCAAGAGAUGUUGUACAUUCUAGACUGGACAGAAGAAAUCAAGGCACGACUUAUGUCUGAGGACUACGGCAAGCACCUUAUGAGUGUUGAGGACCUGUUGCAAAAACACAGCCUGUUGGAGGCUGACAUCCAUGUCCUGGGCGAGAGGGUCAAGACUGUCAACACACAGGCCGAUCGAUUUGUCAAGGGUGACUUCUCUGAAGCAGGAGGAUACAAGCCGUGUGAGGCAGAAGUUAUUGAAGAGCGUAUGAAGACACUAGAGAACUCAUAUGCAGAGCUGCUGAACCUUGCUGCAGAGCGUCGUGCAAGACUGGAGGAAUCUCGAAGACUGUGGCAGUUCUACUGGGAUAUGGCGGACGAGGAGAGCUGGAUCAAAGAAAAGGAACAACUCAUGUCAUCCCCAGAGCUUGGCCAUGACCUCACAAGUGUACACCUGCUGCUGAACAAACAGAAGGCUAUGGAAGAUGAGAUGACAGCAAGACACACCCAUUUACAGUCCGUUCUCCAGGUUGGCAAUGAUCUCAUCACUGCGGGCAAUUUCGGAGCUGAUAGAAUUCAGGAACGUAUUGAUGAGAUUAAUCAGCAAUGGGAGACACUAAUAGACCUGGCUGCUUAUCGCAAGAAGAGGCUCAAUGAGGCUGUAGACUACUACCAGUUCUUUGCUGAUGCUGAUGAUGUGGAUGCCUGGAUGUUGGAUACACUUCGCCUGGUAUCUAGUGAGGAUGUCGGCAAAGAUGAGGCUAGUGUACAGUCUCUCAUCAAGAAACACAAGGAGGUAACAGAUGAGCUGAAGAAUUAUGAGAGCACCAUUGCUGCUCUUCAUGAACAGGCAGCAAACCUAGGAGAGCAAGAUCGUGAAUCUCCUGACAUACAGAACAGACUGGGAAGCAUCGACAGGCGUUACCAAGAACUCCUUGAAUUGGCCAAACUUCGCAAACAGCGACUCCUAGAUGCUCUCUCCCUGUAUAAGCUGGUUAAUGAAGCUGAUGGUGUGGACACCUGGAUUGAUGAAAAGGAGAAAUUCUUGACCACAAUUAUCAUCACAGAUGAUAUCGAGGAAUUAGCUAUUAUGAAGCACCGUUUCGACAGUUUCGAGCAUGAAAUGAAUGCUAAUGCUUCCAAGGUGGCUGUGGUUAACCAGCUGGCACGCCAACUUCUCCAAAUAGAACAUCCCAAUGCCUCUGAAGUCAUCGCCAGACAAAACCAACUCAACGGAGAAUGGAACAAUCUCCGUGACCUUGUGGACCAAAAGAGGGAAGAAAUCAACCUUGCACAUGGUCUCCAGAACUUCCACAUUGAGUGCAAUGAAACUAUUAGCUGGAUUCAUGAGAAAGCAAAGGUCAUAGAAUCCACAGAUGAGCUGGGUAAUGACUUGUCUGGUGUGAUGACACUCCAGAGAAGACUCAGUGGAAUGGAGAGAGACCUUGCAGCAAUCCAGGCCAAGUUGGAAUCUCUCCAAAAUGAGGCAGAGAAAUUACAGGAUGACAAGCCAGAUGAGGCCGCGGCUAUCCGUGAGAAAAUUGCCGAAAUUAACAAUGUCUGGAUGGAUCUCAAGGACAUGUUAAAGGACAGAGAUGAGAAACUGGGAGAGGCUGGAGAGCUCCAACGGUUCCUUGGCAACCUUGACCACUUCCAACAGUGGCUGUCAAGGACACAGACAACAGUUGCUUCAGAGGACAUUCCUAACAGUCUUGCUGAUGCUGAGAAGCUUUUGAACCAGCAUCAACAGCUCAAGGAUGAGAUAGAUGCAUAUGCACCUGAGUAUGCCAAGAUGAAAGAGUUUGGAGACAAAGUCACUGAGGGCCAGGAGGAUCCACAGUACAUGUUCCUUAGACAGAGACUGCAGGCCCUUGAUAAUGGCUGGGAGGAACUGCUACAGAUGUGGGAGAAUCGUCAACAUCUACUAUCUCAGAGUCUCAACUUACAGAUGUAUUUGAGAGAUGCCAAACAAGCUGAAGUGUUACUGAACCAACAAGAGAACUUCCUAUCCAAGGAAGAAGUGCCGAAUACUUUGGAGGCUGCCGAGAACCUAAUCAAAGCCCAUGAGGCGUUUAUCACCACGACAGAUGCAAACGAUGAGAAAAUCAAUGCAGUUUUACAGUUUGCCAACCGUCUGAUCGAGGACAACCAUUAUGCUGCUGAUAAAAUUCACAAAAAGGCUGAAAACAUCAAUGAGAGACGUGAUGUGAACCGCCAGCGAGUUUAUGAACAGUUGGAGCGUCUCAAGGACCAACUUCUGUUACAGCAGUUCCUACAGGAAUGUGAUGAGCUGCGAGACUGGCUUCAUGACAAAAUGGCUGCCGCUCAGGAUGAAACAUACAGAGAUGCCAAAAACCUACACAGUAAAUACCUUCGUCACCAAGCCUUUGAGCGUGAGAUUGCUGCCAACAAGGAACGACUUCAGCAUCUCAUGGAGUCUGGAGAAACUCUUCUGAAAGAGAAGCCAGAGACACGAGAACAAAUCGAACCAAUCCUGGCUAGUUUGUCAGAGCAGUGGGAUGAACUGGAAACUACCACCAAAUCAAAGGCUGAGCGUCUGUUUGACACCAACAGGGCCGUCCUCUACCAACAGAGCUGUGAUGAUAUUGAUGGCUGGAUUAACCAGUUGGAGACUCAGAUCAUCUCAGAGGAAAGUGCCAAAGAUCUUACAACGGUUAACCUUCUCAUGCAGAAACAGAGUCAAUUGGAGUCUCAAAUGAAGAUGAAAGAACAGCAAGUUACAGAGUUAGAUGAGCAAGCCAUCAUUUUAAGGCGUGUAGAUCCUAAACAGGAAGCUGUGAUAGAGGCCAGAAAGGCUGCUGUUGCAGAAAGGUUUGCACACAUUCAACAACCGCUGGUGAAACGUAGGAAUGAACUGGAGAAAGUGAAGCGUAUUCAUCAAUUCAUCCGUGAUGUGGAGGAUGAAAAACUCUGGAUAGAUGAGAAAAUGCCUAUUGCUAUGUCUAACAAUUUCGGAAAUAGUCUCCUUAGCAAUCAACUGUUGACAAAGAAAAACCAGUCUUUACAGACAGAAAUAGAGAACCACGAACCAAGAAUAAUGUCAGUGGUGGAAGUGGGACAGACACUUAUUGCAGAGGAACACCCACAAUCAGAGGAAUUUAAGGCACUCAUCGAUGAUCUUCUCACACGCUGGAAAGACCUCAAUGAUGCAGUGGAGAAACGCAAGGACAGACUGAAUCUCUCCGAUAUUGCACAACAAUACUACUACGAUGCGUCUGAAGCAGAGGCAUGGAUGAGUGAACAAGAACUCUAUAUGAUGGGAGACGAGCGCGCCAAGGAUGAGAUCGGUGCUCAGAACUUCAUGAAGAAACACCAGGCUUUAGAGAAUGCUGUAGAGGACUAUGCUGAUGUGGUUCGACAGCUGGGUGAGAGGAGCAGAAAUCUUAUAGACACAGAUCAUCCAGAAAGUGACCAGAUAGCUGUACGGCAGUCCCAAGUAGACAAGUUGUAUGCUGGUCUUAAAGACUUGUCACAUGAGAGGAAAAGUAAAUUGGAGGAGGUUCUCAAGCUGUAUGUAUUACAGAGAGAGAUCGAUGACAUCAUGCAGUGGAUCGCUGAACGAGAACUGGUGGCUGGUUCACAGGAGCUCGGACAAGAUUAUGAACAUGUAUCUAUGCUGAAGGAGAGGUUUAAGGAAUUUGCUCGUGAUACAGAAAGCAUAGGAACAGAACGAGUAUCGGCUGCAAAUGAAAAUUGUGAUCAGUUAAUAGCUGCAGAACAUUCUGAUGCAGCCGCUAUUGCAGAAUGGAAGGACAAUUUGAAUGAAGCGUGGAAUGACUUAUUAGAACUGAUUGAUACAAGAACACAAAUGCUUCAAGCUUCCUGGGAACUUCAUAAAUUUUACUCUGAAUGUAAAGACACUCUUGAAAGAAUUGUGGAAAAACAGAACCAUAUUCCAGAGGAACUGGGAAGAGAUGCUCAAAGUGUUGCAGCCUUACAAAGAAAACAUGCUAACUUUGAAAAUGACCUUGUCACACUUGGUGCAAAUGUACAAACAGUACAGGAAGAGUCUGUGAGAUUACAGGCCGGGUAUGCUGGUGACCGUCGCUUAGAGAUCCAGAAUAAGGAGCGAGAGGUAGUUGAAGCAUGGAAGAACCUCCACUUCCGUGUACAGUCACGUAAGGCAGACCUUGCAGAUGCCAGUGACCUGUACCGCUUCUUGAUGAUGGUGAGAGAUCUCAAACACUGGAUGGACGACAUCAAUAGACAAAUGAAAACACAAGAGAAGCCAAGGGAUGUUUCGGGUGUGGAACUGCUUAUGAACAACCACCAGAGUCUGAAGGCCGAGAUAGAUGCCCGAGAGGAAAACUUUGCCAUUUGUAUCAACUUAGGGAAAGAUUUGUUAGAGAGGAAUGGAUUCCGAGUAGAGGAAGUACGGGAAAAAUUAAUACAGGUGACGACGCAGCGACAGGACAUGACUGACCAAUGGGAAGAAAGAUGGGAACACCUACAGCUCAUCCUUGAAGUCUACCAGUUUGCCCGAGAUGCUGCCGUUGCAGAGUCAUGGCUGUUAGCACAAGAAUCAUACCUGCAGAAUCCAGACUUUGGUGAUACCUUAGAUGCUGUUGAAAACUUGAUCAAGAAACAUGAAGCAUUUGAAAAAUCAGCUUCAACUCAAGAAGAAAGAUUUACUGCUUUAGAAAAAUUAACAUCAUUUGAAAUGAGAACCAAAGAGAAACGAGAGGCAGAACAAUACAAGAGUGAACAUCCAGAGGAAGUCUUUCGAGAAAAAGAAGAACGUAGGAGGAAAUUAAUACAAGAAUUUUUACCCCCAGAGCAACCACCUACUCCUGAGCCAGAGCCAGAAGUGCCGGUACAGUCAGAUGUUGUGGAUGGAGAACAACCUGCUGUUGAGGAGGGACAGGUCGUAGCUGAAGCUGAACCAGUAGCCGAGGCUGCAGUAGAAGGACAACAGCUAAUUACUGCCGAUAAGGAUGAGAUAACUCAUGCUGAGCCGUCAGCAGGCGAAUCUCGCCCUGAUAGACCCCAACUAUCGCCGGAGGAUAGAGGGGCCGCACCACAAACUCAACCGUCCACAAGUGCAGAGGCAGUUCACCAUGAGGGCAUGUUAACACGUAAACACGAGUGGAAGAAUGACGAGGAGAAAGCUACCAACAGAUCCUGGGACAAAGUGUAUGUGGUCCUACAUGGUAACACCCUGUCAUGUUAUAAGGAUAAGAAGAAGCAGGAUCGUAUCCACCAUGAACCUGUACUGAGCCUGGCCAGUGCUACCUGUCGCAAGGCCACUGACUAUACCAAACGGCCAAAUGUGUUCCGUAUCAAGCUUGCCACUGGUGGCGAAUACCUCUUCCAUUCGAAAGAUGAGGCUGAGAUGGAGACUUGGAUAUCACAGGUUGUUUUGGUGACAGGCACGGAGACUGCAAGCACUAGUGGUCGCUCCCAAACGAUGCCGGCUAGGAUGGAGGGAUCAGCAGAGAAGGAACACAAAAAGAAAGGAUUCUUCACAUUAAAGAAGAAGUAAAUCAUUCGAGCUCUAAAAUCAAGAGGAGAGUUUUCCUAGAUUUUGCUGGAAUCUCUUUGUGUUUUUGGUGGUAAUUUUGAGUGAGAGCGGAGUCACUGGGUACAGAAGGACAUUCCCAGCAAAUGAUUGCUGACCCAAGGUCAGAAAAAAACAAGUGGUCAACAAAAAUUGUGAUCAUUACAGACUUUCAACAAAUUUUUCCUUUCAAUUUUUUCUCCAGGUUGGCAUUUAUAUCUAGAAACACAUUCAUAUGCCUUAUCAUUGCUAAUACAGUGAACUUGUUCCACCUCCAGAUGUUUUUCAUCCAUCAAGAACCUCGUGGCGGCUUCUGUGUCACGCUGCAUAAUACUUUCAUAAUACUGUUUAUGUUCAUUUUUAAAGUUUCUCAUUGUGUCUUGCAUAUUCAUUUAAUCUGUUAAAUAAACAGAUAUGACGGGGAAAAGGAUCAAGGAUCUUCUGGAUACAGGAAAAAAUACGCAAACUUCAAUAAUACUUCCAGCUGUAACCAGUGACUUUCGCACCGUUGCAUUCCAUCUAUGCAAAAGUUCAAUAUUUUAUCCUGCGACCACCUACAAGGUGUUUGUUGGCUGAGAACAUGAAUGUGUAAUACGACCAAUUUAAUUGUGCAAGACGAAUGGAUACAGACUAUCAUGAAUCUACUUCGAUGUAGAUGGAAUCUACAGCUACUAGUUUGGGUUGUAUUUAGAAUCAUAGAUCCCUGGGGUUUUUGUUUUUUUUGUUUGUUUUGUUUUUUUUGUUCUGAUUAUCACCAGAGCUACUUGUGAGUUUUACCAAACUGCUUGUAGCGCAGGUUAGUGACGACUGUGCAGUCUUUUUAAAGAUAACUGUGUGUUUAUUGAUUGACCAUUACUGGUCUGUUGACCGCAGUUCAUCUCUCAACUACCAAUAGUAUGGGGACAAAGUGCAUUAUAGUACAUGUGUAUCAUCCACUUUAUGUUUCUCACCAUUAACCAAGUGAUAUCAGUGUCGUUUUUAAACACAUUUGUCAGUUGUAGGCCUUAUGUGGAAUUUGAGGUAGAAAAGAUUAUAAGACUCCCAGAUCCUGCUUUGCCAUGUUAAUGUCCAUUUAGUUUGCCUAUUAUUUGCCAAGUAGUUAAUAUGUGCUGCACUUCUAAGUCAGUUGUAGUCUUCUGUACAGAAUAUCCUGUGCUUGUUAAUACUGUUACAUAAUUAUUUUCUCUCUGUUAAAUUAAUUGCCCUAUUAUACAAAAUGUAUUUAAAGAUGUUACCCGUUGUUGUGCGAACAUUGAUCAGUGCAGCUAGUGUUGUCCUUUGUCAGUACACGUAGUUUGUUUACACUCAUAUACUUAUAUAGAAUGUAAAAACAUUUUUCGUGAUGAAAUUUCACAUACGACCAAGAUUAUGUCUUGCUCUAUUAUAAUUUCUUUUUUAAUUUGUACCAUUUUCACCUAAUUCCUCGCCUUGUAGGGUAUAUGUUACACGUGUAUGGAUUGAUGGUUGACUGGCAAGACCCAGGAUUGUUGCUAAUGACCACACAGUUCAGUGUCAGGUCUUGUAACUCGCUUGUGGUACUUGUGUUUGUCACCUCCAUGCUGUUAACAUUCCCAUCUGUCACUGUGCUUGUACAUGCCGAUCUCUCCAGCCACAGGGGAUUCAGCAUCAUAUGGGGUUUGUAUUGCUUAAAUCAUGAAAAGAACAACAAUAAAUCUCUAAAUACUG